UUUUGCGUUUCAUCUGAACAAGGCCUAAGUCACCUCUGAUUUCUGCAACUUUGGCUGAAAAGAUCUGGAGAGUAUCGCAGGGGUAGGCAAUGUGCCGGGGGGCAGGCUUAUCUGUAAAACGCAUAUGGGCGGGAUCUUCGCUGCAGAUAGUUGAAAGAGAUAUCAAAUGAGUUCGUCCAAUAGUGAUAAGGAUUAAUCAACAUGUGCAGGGUACUACCGUUGUUUACUUAUAAUUUUGUCAAGUUAUGGUCGAACCAUAUAUAUCUAAUCUAAGUUUUAAAAACAUCAGAGUAAAUUACCAUCUGCCAGUAACGAAGAAAACGAUCACUGAAUAGUACUAAGUUUCACCCAACCGAGAUAAAAACAAAUCGCUAACAGAGAAGCUAACAAAACUAACCUAGGUAGUUUCAAAAAGGAUAGUAAAUCGUGAUUCGUGAACUCACUGAUGUCCUCAAAUGAACCGUAGUAUCUGGAUCUUGUGGCAAUCCAGUAGUCGCGAAACUCGGCAGCCUGCAGGGCGAGGAAGUCCGAACCCCUCUCUUGAUCCGCUUUCUCAUCCUCCGCCUUCCUCCUCUGCCAUCCUGCGAACGCCUCCGCCGCCAAACGCUCCCUCUCCGCUGCCCCUUCCCCUUCGCUGUCACUCAUCUUCCAAAACGCCUCCCUCUCUUCCCACCACUCCAUCACAAGAGCACAGCAAAAGUUGGAUUGACCUCCUCGCCGCCGCCGCCGCCGCUGCGGUUCUGAUUGGAAACCCUGGAUCUGGACUAUCGACGCGCACAAUAAAUAGAUCGACCCUAUGGUACGAUUCCGUUGCCUUUCGGCCCAACCUAAUCCCAAUCCCCUUUUUGGGUCGGGCACGAAUUCAAGCCCCAGAGCGCGUCGGUCGCGGCCGUCGGGUCACGCCCCGUCCGCCGACCCCGAAGAGCUUGCCGAGCGCCAGAUGAAGCGGAAGGUCACCGACAUCCAGCGCGAGCUCGACGAGUUCCGCGUCGCCAAGCAGGCUGCCGCCUCCGGUGCCGCGGCAACUUCGAUGUAUGGAGAUAAGAAGGGUGGAGCCUCGCAAGAUGGGGUGAAAACAGACAAGGGCAAGAUCUUCACGGUUUCAUGGGAUGGGCGUGUUGAUUCCCAUCGAAGCUCUCUAUCCCUGCGGGAAUUCGCGCCCCCGGAGCGCGGCUACGUGGCCUCUUUCUGCGGCCGUCCGAUCGGAGUCGAUUCGGCCGUCCAGAAGCAGGCAACCAGGCGCGUGGAGUUUUGAGAAAAAAAACCUUCUCGUUUACUGAAUUCAACCCGUGGUCUGAGAUGCCCUUAGUCUACAGUAGGCACGGCUGUUUUCUUUACUAAACACCCCUACUGUUCCGAAUCUUCAACACGAAGAAGAAAAAAUUCGGAAGCAGGCAACUAGGCGCGUGGAGCUUUGCAAAAAUCCUCUUCUUGUUUACUGAAUUCAACCCGCGUCCGGGAAAACCCUCAA